UCCUCCUCCUCUCUCCAUCUCAUGUGUACCGGCUGUUUCCUCCCCCCCUCUUGCUCUCAGUCUGCGUGCUGUAGCCCUGCUGUGCGGUCCUCUCAGUCUUCUGUUGUAGCACCAAAGGGAGGAGGAGCCACCGUCUCGCAUAGACACGCACGCAUACUCACAUAGACACGCACACUCUGACAUCUCACAUCAUCUCUUCCGCAAGCUCACUGUAAGCACCAGCAAAGCCAGCCAGUCAGGCCAGUUCGGAGCAGGGGAGCCCAGCCGUCUCGUCGCCCAAAAUGGAUGUACUGAUGAAGGGGUUCUCCAUGGCCAAGGAGGGGGUGGUGGCCGCUGCAGAGAAGACUAAAGCCGGCAUGGAGGAGGCGGCAGCCAAGACCAAGGAAGGGGUGAUGUAUGUAGGCAGUAAGACAAAGGAGGGAGUUGUUUCAUCAGUAAACACAGUGGCAAACAGGACUGUGGACCAGGCCAACAUCGUCGGAGACGCCACGGUGGGUGCAGCUAACGAAGUUUCACAGGCAACCGUGGAAGGUGUGGAGAACGUCGCCGCGUCGACCGGGAUGGUCAGCCAGGGAGAAUAUGGAGGAAUGGAGCAGGGUGGAGAGGGAGGAGAGGGGUACUAGUCAUCUUCAGGACCUCCCCUUCCGUGCUCUCCGGCGGCCCCUCGCUCCCCUUGCCUCGCUGUACCAGAUUCCAGAUGUUCAACAUAUUUUUUUGUGACUUUACAGAAACCAAAAUCAACUCAAACAGACUCUUCCAGAUGCCGCACCUGAGCCCAAUCCUCACCCUCUUACCUGCACCCACUCUGCCUCACCCCCUCGUGAUGGCCCCUCCCCUCACCUAGCCUCACCUUCUCUGCAGCCUGUAGCUUUUUUUCUCCUCCACUGCCCGUCUCACCCUCGCCUCACCCGUGUGUUAGUGUUGUCCUGAUAUGAAACCUGUUGUUGUCACCGCCCCCCACAUGCCUAACAACCUUUAGGGAAACCUCGCCCACAUACACACCUUGCACAAACACGCACACUAAAAAAAAAAAGAAACACCUUCAUUCCACACAUGCAUUCAACACACACGUACAGAUGAUGCAAGCACAGACACACACUCUGGGCAACCACAACAAUGACUCACUGCGUGACUGAGGCAGGGUGUGUGAGGGUGUGUAAUCUUCUUUUUCUAUGCCUUCUCUCCAUGAUAGCUUAAAUAUACGUGUGUGCAUGAGUAGCUGAUGGCAUACAAAAUAAAUCUCCAGAGGCGUUAAAGACAGAUCUCACUCUGUUGUGUGUGUGUGCAGUAGUUAGUUAGCUACGAUAGCCUGCAUGAUCACGUGUGUAGAAUGACUCGUGUUGUGUCGUAACAGUAGAGUAGUGGCUGCUUUGUGUAGCUUUGUAUGGCUUAGUGUGUGUUCAGCCUCGACAUUUUGUAGAAACAGGGUUAUUACAGUGUCAUAACCAGGAAGCAAUACACAGCGCUCUUUUUCUCAGUCGUUGGAGCGUCAGCUCGGAUUGUGUUGCACGAGAAAACAAGAGCACUCGUCCUUUUUGGUGUUGGUCUUCCACGUAAUUUUCAAGAAUUUCUCUGUAGCAUUACACAAAUCUUAAAUAAGGACACACAUUAGCUUUAAUUAUUAACACUUAAACACAACAUACAGAGUUCCUCUACUUGAUUAGUAGGAACACCUCCAUGCUAGCAUUUCUUUAACACAUUUAUAAAUAAACAAAACUGUGACAUACUAUCUCACUCUGGCAAUAAUGAUGCCCCUGACUAUGGACUUAUAUAACUGAAUCUGAUUGGUCAGAUUUAGCAUGUAGGCUACUUACCCACUUUAAAGUGGCAUGUCAUGUUGCUUGUUGUUGAGUAGUUUGACAAAAGCUGUUAACACAGCUUGCAUUUGACUUUUUUGGAGAUGGUUUUUCGCUUGUGAAAAUGCUCCCACACUUUUAAGCUUUUUCCUUAAAUCGUGAGCCAUUAAGAAACUGAAGAGAUUUGAGGGCCAGCUUAGUUGCCGCUUCUUAAAUGGAUUAGUCCACCUUAAAUUCAGUAAUGCACACACUAAAAGACUGAAAGCUAUUUUCUGUAUUGUUUAAAAGUAUGAGUAAGUUGAUAUUUAUGCUAAGAUUGGCUAUGAGUUGUGAUUUAUGUGGAGAAAUCAGGCAAGUCCAUGUAUCAACAGGCAUUUAUCACUCCCAUAUAGCUAGAAUGGAAUGAAUAUUGUGUUAUUAAAGGUGAAAUAAGAAAUCAAACAAUGCCCUAUUGAACAAACUAUCAAACAUUCAACUAUUUGAGGUCCACCCUUGUAUACAGAAGUACCUUCAUUCCGGGGCAGAGCCAGAAAUGUUUGAUAUCGGGCUUAGCCCAAAGAUUUAGAUACAUUUUCAGAAAUACAGAAAAUAUUACCAUCUCAAACAAUGUAAAAAGUAUAAUCUAUACUGUAGUCUCAGCUCUUAGAAGUGAAAUAGUUUUAUUUUUUUCAUUUUGCUUACAGGAAUGAAAUUUACAUUUACAUUUAUAUACUAUGAAUCAUUUCUUUUUGCAUUUAUUGAUUAUAAUACAAAGCAGAAAAAAUACUUUCACCAGCCUGAAAGUUUUGGGGCUUUUGAGAAAAUAUUCAGGGCUUAAGCCCGGCAAGCCACGCCCUCGCUCCAUGUAUGCUUUGUUCCAAAUACAUUUUUUUGAAAUCAAAUGGAGGGCAUGAUGUUUCAAAUAUGUAUUGCUAGAUUUCUGAGCAAAUAUGAAUAAAAUAUAUCACCAGAAAUAAAAGCUUGAUUAAAUAACAGGAAUUUAAAAAUAAUAUUUAAAAAAAAUCCAAAUCUAAGCAAAGUGAUGCAAAAUCUGAGCGUCUUUUAAAUAACGUUUCCUUUAUUCAAAGUUAUUCGCAUGUCAAAGGAAAAACUAGGUUUGAAGUGUUAAAUGAGGUGUGAGACAUGAGCAGCUGAUUCAGAUCACCUCUUAUUGUUGCAUAGUUCCUGUUUAGUCUUUGUGUGCAUGCCACCAAGAGAGACAUGUUUGGAAAUCUGUGGUGAAAAAACCUUGAUUGAGUCAGCUUUGAGAGCAGAAUGAAGGCUUAGGUUUCAGCAUGCAUCAGCUUCAUGUGUAGUUCUGUGUCCAGCUUGAAUUCUGGGAAAUGUAGUUUUUUGUUAGGGUAGCUUAAUUCACUCGAUAGUGUGUAACCGAGCCGUUCUCAAAUCCAGUCGGAGGACUUUCUUCUCCUGUCAGUCACCUCUCACUGCUUGUCCGCCCGGCGUCAGUGUGUGUGUCUGUGAGCGCUGUAUGUGCGUGUUAUUUACAUGUGUGUGUGUUAACGUAGAACCUGUCCAGCCAGCAAAGUGUGUGUGUUUGUGUGAUUGUGUGUUUGUGUCUGGAGCAGGUUUGUGUGUUUUUACUUUGAGGCCAAUGGAAACUGAUGACUGCAUGUUGCCUUAUCAAGCAAUCUGACAUUCACACACAUAGCUGACACACUUACACAGCACAUACACAGCACACUCCUAACAACACAAAAUCCCACACCUACACAAAUCGCACACCAUGUUUAAGUUGGCAUCAAAGCAGAUUCGCUGAUUUUAUAAACAGUACCAGUGGAAUAAAAGGUUUUG